AUGCUUUUAUCGUCUAGUAAAGUUAAUAACGCUAACACUAACUUUUUAUUAUCAGCGACCGUUCUUUGGGUUCCGGUAUUUUAUGUCGCCUUGACGGGAACUAGCUCUUUCCUAUCAGGUCUCAUAUUGAUCUUCGAAUGGUGGUACUUCAAGAAGUACGGGACAUCUUUCAUUGAACAGAUAUCGCUUACACACAUAUACCCUCUGUUAGACUGUAAGGUAUCUCGCAACCCGUACAGUCUUUUUCGGGGUGCUGAAUAUCAAAAGGCAGCCAAAGAAUUCGGAAAAGAUCCGCUUACUUACUAUGACAUGAAUUUGUCUGCCCAGGAUCAUCAGACAUUCUUUACAUGUGAAGCCGAUGCCGGCAAACCUGAAUAUGAAUUGAUGCAAAUGGCGUGGCGCGAGAGAAAUCCUGAGGAACGGAUCAAAAAGGCAAGGGAAGCCUUGGCGAAAAAUUCCGAAUGCUCGACUGCGCUGAUAUUGUUGGCCGAGGAAGAGUGCUCCUCCAUUAUCGAGAAAAUGUUUAAACAGGCGUACAAGAUUUCGGAGGCAUCUCUUCGGAGGUCUCAGCAAAUACACUCCCACAACCCCACUCAGGAUGCCAUUUAUCUGCGAGACAUUCAUGCCUUCAUAUUUAUUCGACGUCGACUCGCAAUGUGCGCUCGGAAACUUGGAAAGUUAAAAGAGGCCAUAAAAAUUAUGCGUGAGCUUAUUCGUGAGUACCCAAACUUGAAUCUCUUCAAUAUACACGAAAACCUCAUUGAAUGCUACCUGGAGGCCCAGCAGUACGCCGAUGCACAGGCCUUCCUCACCAAGUACGACGGUAAGCCACCUUCUCGUUACAUCCACUAUCCCAAAUCCGCGACUAUCUGCUACACAGCCGCUCUGCUGAAGGCUCGUCAGGUGGCGGAGAAAUUUUCACCAGACAUCGCGUCUAGGCGUGGCUUGAAUGCGGCUGAGUUGAACGCCGUGGAGGCAAUUCACCGGGCCGUCGAAUUUAAUCCCCACGUGCCGAGAGUAAGUCCUGGAAAAAGUUGCAGCCGUCGUAUGACCAGCCGCGCCCCAGACAGCAGCCUCGGAAGUGUGAAGAUACGGAAACCCAUCUAG